UUGCCAGACAUAAUUUUAAAUCGAAAUCAUCUGAUCAUAGACAGCUGACAAUAGGAGUGAAAUGACUCAAAGGCAGCAGUCUACUUUAGGCGCAUUAAAAGGACAGUGAGCAGUGACACAAUCAGUGACGUGAGAUCUUUUUUACUUAAGUUUUGUAAAUGGGCAGUGUUCAUUUUAGAGAUGUUAACUGUGCAGCUGCCGCUCAUAGUUACUUGUAUUAUGACGUGUGUGUGUAUAUAAUGUGGUGCACUGAUUUGCUUAUAGAGGUUUUUUGUUUUUUUUUAUAAAUGAAAUUGUGAUUUCUCAUAAAGCUAAAUGGGUGCAGUGUGUUUUCUUUUUUCCUUUUUUUUAGCUGAAUAACACUCAUAAUCCAAAACGGUCAUAAGUUUUCAACAAACCAAGGCCAAAAUUCUGCAAAAAUAAGAGCUUUAUCCUAGCCACCAAAGUUAGUUUGAUCUUAUGCAGUAUAAAUGUUAAGGUAACAAUUUAACUAGGCAUUUUUCAUAUUGCAACAGUAUUCAAAUUUGUCAGGUUUAGAUUUUACAGGGUCUUUUUCGUGUAUUGAAGAUUUUAGCUUGAAGCCAGUUAUUCAUAAGCCAUUCAUAAUUCACAAGUAUUGCACUCUGUUAGCAGUUAUGAAUCAUCCAUUUGAGGUGUUGAAAUUGUGAUGUGAGGAAGUUUUUUAAAUUAAGUUUUCUAGCAUCCACUUCAAAGCACAGGCACAUGUUAAUGGUAUGGUUGUAGUUCUUUUACACAUUGCUCUUAAUGUCAUUUCUCCCCGAGCCGGUGUCUGCUUGGGGCGGCUGUCUUUUAACAGCAACAGUUUCACUGUGUUGUAGAUGAGAGAGAGAAAUAAACAACCUCUCCACGGAUAUGUGACCUAGUGCGACUUCAGGUUCAAAAUGUGGACAAACCUCUUUACCGGGGGACAUUUCACUGCUUCCAAUCAAUCGUACGGCAGGAGUCGAUGUUGGGUCUGUACAAAGGCAUCGGUUCUCCAAUGAUGGGGCUGACCUUCAUCAAUGCCAUAGUCUUUGGUGUCCAAGGCAACGCCAUGCGGGCACUUGGCCGUGACACGCCUCUCAACCAGUUCCUGGCUGGAGCCUCUGCUGGAACCAUCCAGUGUGUCAUUUGCUGCCCAAUGGAACUGGCCAAGACGCGUAUGCAGAUGCAAGGGACUGGAGAAAAGAAAUCCAAGAGGAAGCUGUACAAAAACUCGCUGGAUUGUCUGGUGAGAAUCUACAGGAAAGAGGGAUUCAAAGGCAUCAACCGUGGCAUGGUGACCACCCUGGUGCGCGAGACACCUGGCUUUGGCGUGUAUUUCCUGGCAUACGACACAUUUACACGUUCGCUGGGCUGCGAGCCAGAUGAUCCCUACAUGAUCCCAAAGCUUUUGGUCGCAGGUGGAAUGUCUGGCAUCGCCUCCUGGCUCUCCACGUACCCCGUGGAUGUGAUCAAGUCGCGUCUGCAAGCAGACGGAGUGGGUGGCGUUAACAAGUAUAACGGCAUCAUGGACUGCAUCAGGCAGAGUUUAAAGAAGGAGGGCUGGAGAGUUUUCACCCGUGGUCUGACGUCCACUUUGCUGCGUGCUUUUCCAGUGAACGCCACUACAUUUGCCACUGUGACUUUGUUUUUAAUGUACAUGCGAGAAGGAGAAGAAUGCCCCAUUCAAAACUCUGAGCCACAGUCUGUCCAGCUGCAGUCUCUGCAGCAACAGGCACAGCCAACCAGCAUGUGAGCUGCACGGCAGCAAGCGUUUAGAGUUAACAGCAAAUCCACAUUAGCAGCCGGUAGGCAACUGUUUCAUGCUGGCCUGUGAUCCGUAACCUAAUAAUUACAAAAGACUGAUUGUAAGUAAGCAUUCGUCCAUGUAGUUUUGGCCAAGUGGCCAAGACGGGCAUUUAGAGAAUAACUAACUAUAUUUCAAAAUAAAAGCUGCACCUGUACAUACGGUUUCUUUUUAACAAUGCAUGCUUUUCUACAACUGUUGGAUUUUAAUUUAGGAAACAUUACCUUUUUUUUCUUUUUUUUUUUGUACAUUAUACUGAGAUGGUUACAGUUGUCCUAAAAAUUGAGUCAAACAAAUGCUUUGUCUUUGGUGCUGCGUUAAGGCCAUAAUGAAUAAUUUGUGUUAAUGGCUAUUGUACAGGAGCCUGGACAGCUGCACCCAUUCACUUUAUGAACGAUGUCAGAACAUGUAUACCAGUACAGAAUGUACCGAGGCUGCGGCACUGGGGCCGGCUUAACGCAAUGAGUCAUACAGGAGAGUCCAAGGGCUACUAUUAAUAAUUUAUUUAUACUUGUUCACCAAUCCAGUUCACUUCCAUUUGACUUUUGCAUUUCAGGAACGUGUAAUAACUUACAAAUAGAAAGAGAGCCUUUUACACCAAGAUUUUUCAAGUUUGACUUGUAUGGGCAUUUCCUUUGGGGGGGUGGGGAGGCACAAUUUCAUGUCAAUUGUGGCUGCUGUUUAAAAUUUUAAUUGUAAGUUUAACAGCUGUCUUUCUACUGCAAUAUACAGUUACAGGCCAAGAUGUUGCAUUAUUGCAUAAAUGUAAUUUGGAUGAAGCCGAAUGCAAAAUCUUGUAAUUUAUUUUAUAGUGGAUAAUUGUUUAACACUAGCCAAAUUUGAGGCUGCGUAAGAUCAGACGUCAUGGCGUCUAAAGAAAGCACCUUAUGGGUUUAUUAACCACGUGUACUGUAUGGCUGACAGUGGAAUUCUUUACAAUCAAUAUAUUUUGUAUUUUCAUCUCUUGAAUUUGUUUGUUACAAUGCUGAGCAAAACAAUCUGCUUGUUAAUGAGAUUUUUGUAAAAAUCCAGAAUGUGGAUUUUUCAACUCAUUCCUAGUUGCAUGUGGUUUGUCUGGUUCCACAUCGUCCACUAGGGGGCAGCAUCAGACCAGUUCUGAUCACUAUUUGCACCAACUAGAAGCAGAGACUAAUUCAGUCUUCCUUUUUUUUUUUUUUUUAAUUUAAUGCAGCUCAAAGCUGUGCAUCAUAGGGUCAGAGAAGGUUAUAGUUGCUAUGACUUAAACACAGAGCUGUAACUUUUGCAGCUUUGUGUUUUGAAAGAGGUCAUUAAAGCUGCUGGAAAAAGUAAUGUUUGAGAGGGACGCUAAUAUACGGUGCAUUUUUAGACAGAAUGAAAUUAACUUCAGAAAACAAAACGUGCAUUUCUCAUGCAAAUGAAAAUCUGGAGUUACAAGUAAAAAUGCAAGUAAAAAUUCUGAAGCUAUUUUCCCUGUAUGUAGAUUGUGCACAUUUCAGGUAAAGAUUAACCUGGGUAGAGUUUUAAAAUAUUUGGAAGUUUUCCAAAGACAAAGAUGUAUAUACUGUGAAUUUGCUGUCUUUCAUAAGAAUUUCUGUGGCUUUAGGUUUUUGUUUUUAAAUGUUGCCUUUAUUUUAUUUUUUUCCUCCUGAGACUUUUCUGAAUUGUCUUGACUAGAUACAUAAUUCCUGACAUCUUUGUAAAAAGGGCUGCUUUAUGUAAAUGUUGCUUUGUGAUGUGUUUGAUGCCUUGCACCAGAUGAGCACAUUCAUGUUUAGUUUGUCUGGAGAUUGUUCAAAUAAGACACUUAUUUUUGAAGAGACUGUUCUUUGUGAAAGUGUUAAUAAAUGUUGGGCUUUUUGAAUUUUAAAAGCUGAAUGUAAA